AGAGCCGCUGACAACACAGCAUCUCUCUCUUUCUCUUUCUCUUUCACUUCUCUCUCUUAAUCAUCGUCGUCUUCAUAAUCGUCGUCUCCAUUCAUUUUCUUUUCUCUCUCCACAACUCAGCCUUCUCUACUUUCUCUUUUUGCUCUCUACAGUUCUCUGCGGCGCGCAGUUGAUGAUGAUGAGGAUUAUGCUCUUCUGUUUUUCUUCUCUUUCUUCUUUACUGCUACUGGCUAUGGCUUUUUAUACAUGUAUAUUUUUUCAUGAUUUUUGGUUUUAUAUUAUUAAUAAAUAAAUAAAUAAAAGGAGAGCACUAACUUGUAGGAAUUCUCUUUCUAGCUUUCAGUCUUUCCAGUUGUCUACUGUUCCGUCGUCUUCUUCUUUUCUUCUUUUUUUUUCCCCAAACCUAGCUGUUAAACAAAAGAGUGCGGGAGGGAAGGUGAUACGAGUUCUUGUAAACUAAUUCGAUGGUGAUGCAGCAGUAAAAGAAAGCAGCGAGAGAGUUUUGGAGGUUUUCGAUAUGCAGCAAGGAGGUGGAUCUCAAUCUCCAUACGCGGAGAUGGCUCCUGCUGCAACUACAACCACAACUACAACUACAAGCAUGGCGCAGCAGCCAGUGGAAUCAGCUUCGCCAAUCAGCAGCCGACCGCCGAGUAAUUUGGAUGAACUCACAAGGCUUUCUUCAGGAGGUGGCGGAGGAGAUGAAGAUAUAGAAGGCGAUCGGGCGGGAGGAGUAGCGAGCGGCAACAGGUGGCCGUGUCAAGAAACAUUAACACUUCUCAAUAUUAGGUCUGAUAUGGAUGCCGUCUUCCGUGAUGCCACCAUUAAAGGACCGCUCUGGGAAGAUGUCUCCAGGAAACUAGCAGAGUUCGGAUACAAACGUAGUGCCAAGAAAUGCAAAGAGAAAUUUGAGAACGUUCACAAGUACUAUAAGAGAACAAAGGAGGGUAGAGCUGGGCGUCAAGAUGGUAAGAGUUACAAGUUUUUCAGCCAGCUCGAGGCUCUUUAUACCACUGCCACCGCUGGUAACGUGUCAGCUUCCUCAUCAAUGCCCGUGACAAAUGUCACCACCGCCAACACCAUUACUUUAGAUGUUGCUCCAGUCUCGAUAGGGAUCCCUUUCUCCAUCACAUCUUCUGUUAGAGUUCCUACUGCUUCAACUAUUGCUCCUAUGUCUUCCUCUAUUUUUCCUCCUAAUCUCGGUGCAACAAUAUCACCCACCAUUAACGUUCCUGGAUCUGCUACUGCACAACCACCAGUUCUACCUCCUGUCCCGAUUAGCUUUUCAUCUGAUAGUUCUUCUUCCCCAGAAACUGAAGAUGACGAUGAUGAUGAUGAUGAUAUCGACUUUGACGGACAGCCAUCAAAUACUGCUGGUAGCAGCCGCAAACGAAAAAGACAAUCAUUCAGGAGUACUAAUAGGAUGAUGGAGUUCUUUGAGAAUCUAAUGAAACAGGUAAUGCAAAAGCAGGAGAGCAUGCAGCAAAGGUUCUUGGAGGUGAUAGAGAAGAGAGAGCAAGAUAGGAUGAUAAGAGAAGAAGCUUGGAAGAGGCAAGAGAUGGCAAGAUUGGCUCGUGAGCACGAGAUUAUGGUCCGAGAGAGAGCCAUCUCUGCAUCCAGGGAUACUGCCAUCGUUUCCUUAUUGCAGCAAAUUACUGGUCAGACCAUUCAAUUGCCUCCUGAUGCUCCACCACCUGCACCGGCACCGGCACCGGCACCAGCGACUGUAGUAGCUGCACCAACAAUCCCUGUCGCAAUAUCAGCACUAUCUCAUCUGCCACUGUCGAUACCACAAGAACAACGAGAUCAACAAUCCCAACGACGACACCAACAGCAACAGCAACAACAUCAGUCACAACACGCUGAAACGUUGAGGCAUCAACCGGCCUCCACAUCUUUACCUUCUUCUGAAAUAGUCAUUGCAAUUCCAGAACAACAGGUACCACCGCAGCCACAGGAGAUUGGUGGCAGUGGAAAUUUUGAACCCAGUUCCUCAAGAUGGCCCAAAGUAGAAGUUCUUGCACUUAUAAAGUUAAGGAGUGGACUAGAACUCAGGUACCAGGAAGCUGGGCCUAAAGGACCCCUUUGGGAAGAAAUUUCCUCAGGAAUGCAGCGGAUGGGAUAUAAGAGGAGUGCCAAGAGAUGCAAGGAAAAGUGGGAGAAUAUUAACAAAUACUUCAAGAAGGUAAAAGAAAGCAACAAGAAACGCCCUGAAGAUGCCAAAACCUGCCCCUACUUCCAUGAGCUCGAUGCACUUUACCGGAAAAAGAUCAUUGGCAGCUCAAGUGGCACUAGUAGCUUUAGCAGUCAGAAUAGACCAGAAGAACCACUGCCAGAAGUACAGCAUCAGCAGGAGAGCAUCAAAUUGGAUCCAGUCCCACCACCGAAUCUCCAAGAGAGCAGUAAUGUUCCAACUAGAACGCCGCCAGCACAAGUGACGCAACCUUCUGAAUCAGAUAAACAAAAUGUAGCUAAUGUCGAUGCACAAGCAAGUAUAGGUUUGGCAAAUAGGCUCUUUAGAGAAGGAAAUGGGGAAUCAUCACAGAAGCCAGAAGACAUUAUGAAGGAGCUGAUGCAACAGCAACAACAACAACAACAACAGCGAGCGCCGUCCUUAAUGGAAGAUUUUGAUAAAUACAGUGAGAGCGAGAAUAUGGAAGAAGAGGAAGAAGAUGAUGAAGAAGAUACCGAUGAUGAGGAUUUAGAAGAGAGAAAGAUGGGUUAUAAAGUAGAAUUUCAGAGACAAAACGCAAACUCAUCUAAUGGGGGAGGAAGUGGGACGCCGUCUUUCUUGGCGGUGGUUCAAUAAUCUUAAAAUUCGGGAAGCGGAGGAUUGCAUUACAGGUGGGUGGGGUUCCUUCCUCAUCACCAAUAUGUACCAUAUGUACCUUUUUGUCGAGAAACCAUACCUAACAUUUCAGUUGCAACCCUCAUAACUUUACUAAUUCUUCCUAUUGAUUUUCUUCUUUCACUUUCUUUUCUUUUCUUUCAACCUUUCUUCAUUUCCUUGAUAAUCCAUCGCCACCGCAUCUUCUUCUCGUCAUCCUCCUCUUCUUUUUCAAUGGGUAGUCCGGGGUGGCAAUUGCAGCUUUCUCAUUUUAAAUUUAUUGAUUUGUUGGAGAAUAAAGAACCGUUGCAAAGGCACGGAAGGGAUUGAAUCAAUCUAGAGAAACAAAAUAAGCUUGCCCAUCAGCAAGAGCAACAGCAGCAAUGAGAGGACAGCAGGCAACAAAAACAAACGAUAAGUGGAAAUGACAGAGAGAAGCAGUAGUGCAUGUUUCAGCUUUCCCUUUGAUAGCAACUUCGUAUUAAUUCUUUUUUCUUUUUUAUUUGCUUUGUUUUGAUUUAAUAAAAUAAGAAUGAAAGAAUCUGUGUUACAUUACA